UGACCGUUUUAACUGCUCUGGGUCAGUUCAGCUCUGGAGCUCCGUGUUAGAAACGGGGUGACGGAACCGGGAAGGUCCGAGUAGAGACAUAGUCCCCACUUCACAGAGGCGGGUCUGAGGCUCGGCGACGCCGCCCGUGAGCCCCGCGCCAGGCCCGCGAGAGGGGCCGCCGUGCCCUGGUCCCACUUCUCCCGCGGCUCCCGGCGCCGCUCCGCCCACAGAGUCCGAUAGCGGCGGCGGCGUCGCUGAGGCACCAGCCUCAGGUAAACGGUCGUCCUUCAGGCCCUCACCCCACCAGGCACUAAAGCCCCGAAUGCGGGGCACCUGCUCACGUGCCCGCAGCCCAGGCCGCGGUGUCCAGGACGGUGAGGCGGUCGUGGGGUGGGGCUCUGUUUCCGACAGUGUAAUGGCGCGUGGGAGAGGGUGACAGGCGGAGGGACCCGCAGGUGCAAAGGCUUGGAGGUCGGAUUGAGCCGGGAGGAUUCGGGAAACCUGGGGUCCAUCUGAUGUCUGCAGGACACAAAGAAGGUGAAGCGGAGUCAUACCUGGACUGUCAGGCUGAGGGUUGUAUCUUUAUUGUGAGGACCUAAGAAGGCAUGGAGAAUUUUGAACAAAAGGGGAACAGGAUUUACAUUAGCGUUUUAAAUGUUUCCCAAGGCCCUUCAAAGGAAAAACAGAUUUGAGGGGAGUGGUGAGGACAUUGAGGCACCAGGAGGUUGAAUCUUUGUUCAAGGCCAUGCUGCUGGUAAAGGGUGAUACAGAGCACCGAGGAACAGGGGUCAGACGACCAACCUGAAGUCGUCUGGCUCCAAGGCCAGGCAAAGAAGGAUACAGGGUGGCAUGAGCCUCAACGUUUCUAACCCACAGUUACAUUCUUCUAAGGCCUGUCUCUUCCCACAGAGUCCGAAGGCUGCAGAAGUACCUAUGGAAACAAAACAGAUACAAGCAGUAAGUCCAAUACAUUCUCAGCAAUAGACUUUCUUCUGGACCUUCCUAUGAAGCCAGAGCCACAUGCACCAUCCUGAUCCUGUGUUUUAUUCACUGCUGUGAGAACUACAUUGCCCAGAGGACCCUGAGCCAGCAAAUUCACGUCAGCGUGGAGCCAAUGAAGGUCCAGGACAGGGGCAUUUCCAUGCGUGCCAUUGUGUCAGGGCGGGACUUCCGGCAUUCUCCUAGUGGCAGUCUGUUUCCUACUCAGAGGUUCCAGAGCUCUGGGUCUGGUCUGAGGUGACCAAACUAAAGAGGAGACACGACCAAGAGGAAUUGUUGUCCUUACUGCACAGCGUCGGAUCUGAAGCAUUGGGUUGCUCCACCCACAGACUCCGAUGGCGGCGGCGGUGCUGAGGGACCCACCUCAGGGUAGUGUGACCUUUGAAGACGUGGUUGUGUACUUCUCCUGGGAGGAGUGGGGGCUCCUUGAUGAGGCUCAGAGAUGCCUGUACCACGAUGUCAUGCUGGAGAACUUUGCACUUGUGACCUCACUGGGUUGUUGGUAUGGAAUGGAGGAUGAGGAGGCAUUUUCUGUGCAGAGUGUUUCUGUAGAACAAAUGUCACUGCGCAAGACUCCAACUCCAGAUCCAUCCACUCAGAAGACUCACCCCUGUGAGAAGUGUGUUAUGGCCGGGAGAGACAUUUUGUAUCUGCCUGAGUACCAAGGAUUGCCUCCUGGGCAGAAAUCAUACACCUGUGAGGCAUGUGGAAAACAAUUUUGGUUCAGUCCAAACCAUCACCAGCACCAGAAGCACAAUGAUGAGAAGCCAUUCAAAAGGGACAUAGAUAGGGCCUCAUUUGUGACGACCUACAGGUUCCAUGUUUCAGGGAAGCCCUUCACCUGCGAGGAAGUCGGGAAGGAUUUCCUGGCUAUGUUGAAUCUUCUCCAGCAUCAGGCCACUCUCAAAGGGGCAAAGCCACACAGCAGCUCCAGGUGUGUGGAGUCCUUUCAUAGCGGAAAAAGUCAUUACAAGUACAGUGAGUAUGAGAAAUUGUUCAGCUAUGAAUACACACUUUUUCAGGAUGAGCAACUUCACACUAGAGAAAGUUACUAUGACUGUGAGAAACCCUUUAACCAAAGCUCCAUCCUUAUUAAUUGCCAGAGACCUGACACAGGAGCAAGGUCUUAUGAGUGCAGUGAAUGUGGGAAAUCCUUUAGCCAAAGCUACAGACUCAUUCAACACCACAGAAGUCACACUGCAGCAAGGCCGUAUAAGUGCAAUGAAUGUGGGAAAGCCUUCAGCUACAAAUUAAGACUUGUGCAGCACCUACAAAUUCACACUAAAGUGAGACCUUAUGAGUGUGGCGAAUGUGGGAAGUCCUUUAGCUACAGCUCCACUCUCAUUAAACAUCAGAGAGUUCACACUGGAGCAAGGCCUUAUAAGUGUGGUGAGUGUGGGAAUUCCUUUAGCCAAAGCUCCAACCUCAUUCAGCACCAGAAGAUUCACAGUGGAGCGAGGCCUUAUAAAUGUAGUGAAUGUGGAAAAUCCUUCAGCUACAAAUGCAAACUUGUGCAGCAUCUGCGAAUUCACACUGGAGAAAGGCCUUAUGAGUGUGGGGAAUGUGGGAAAUCCUUUAGCCACAGCUCCACUCUUAAUCAACACCAGAGAAUUCACACUGGAGCCAGACCAUAUAAGUGUGACGAGUGUGAGAAAUCCUUUAGCCAAAAGUCCAACCUCAUUCAGCAUCGGAGAGUACACACAGGAGAAAAGCCUUAUGAGUGUGGGGAAUGUGGGAAGUCCUUUAGUCAAAGCUCCCACAUCAUUCAACACAGAAAACUUCACACCAGAUAACCUCAUGAAUGCAGUGACUGGGAAAAAACCAGUUACAGCCAAUGGUCUGUAAUUCAACAGAAGUUCACAGCCUGGAUAAAUUUUAUUUGUGCAGCAAAGUUGGGAAAACCUUCAUCUAAAGGUCUUUGAGACCUACAGGGAACAUGGGUUUUCAGUGUACUAGAACUAGAGUGUCUUUGUGAGGGAGCCAUCUGCUUGACGUUGAACCUCAUACAGCUGAGCAUCCAGAGUGGGAAGGUUCCCCAUGAGUUCUAGGUUUGUGGAAAGCUUUUAGGAUCCUCUUUGCAUAUUCUACUGCUGGCUCCAUUGUCUGAAUUAUGUCCCUUCCAGUUUCUGUGGCAGAAGCCUCACCUCUACCACUUAGUAGUUUCCAGGUUCCAAUAGUGUGUAUGUCCCUUGCAGUGAUCAGGGAAGGCAGAUGUCUCUGUCCCAUUCUCUACAGAACAGUAGGAGGAGUAAUUUUCAAGGGAGGAAGCACCUCUAGUGCCUCUGUGAGAAGUAUAAAUCAGUUCCCUUUUCCCAGGGAUAUCACAUAAUGCUGAGCACUACUGUGGGGAAGCUGUUCCCCAGGUACUGCAAAGGAAUCAUGUGCCUUCAUGUCUAGAGUUGGGUUUUCUGGUGUUGGUUGUAAGACAGGGGUGAGGCUGGAACCUAAAUUCACACACACUGGAUGUGAUUCAUACGCACUGGAGGAGGCUGUGGCAGUGAGAAAGGUGUGCCUCUUCUAAGGUGCCUCCACAAAUGUUGUGACUGUGGCUACAUUGUGUUGGAUGAGGUGUACAUGCCAUAGCUGUGUUCUUCCUGUAGCUGCAGUCAUUGUCAGAGCAAAUAAAGCUGUGUAUAUUCGUGUAGCCUCAGGGCUGUUCACUCGAAGGAUACUGCUGCAUAGAGAAGAAAAUGAGAAUAGACAGAAGGGAGAUCCUGGAGCCCAGAGAUUUAGUUUUUGUGACCUAGCAGCUGUUCCUGCCAACUCAAAUGAUCUUUAUGAAUACUUUUUCCCCUCUUGGAGGGCUGCCCUUCCCAAGCUUUCUAAACCUUUGGUUAUGAAAAAAAUGGGGGGGGGAUUAGAUUUCUAUUUAAACAAAUUCUUACAAAGGUUUAUUGACAUAUAAUUUAAAUUGUACAGUGUGGUUAGUUUUGACAUAGUGUAAAAACCAUUAAAAAUAAUCCUGAUGGUUAUCAUAUCUGUAAUUCAUAGUUACUUCCCUUUUAUUUUUGGCCACACCACACAGCUUGGGGGAUCAAGCCUGGGUCGUGGCAGUAAAAGCCCAGAAUCCUAACCUGUAGGGUACCAGAGAAUAUACCCUUUUAAAAUCUCUUUCUGCCCUCACAACUACUGAUUUACUCUUUCACAGUAAAUUAUUUGUUUCAGAGAAUUUUAUGUUGUUUACUUUUUAAAAAUUGUGUUUUCCCUCCAUGCUGCAUAAUUAUUUUCUGAUUCAUAAAUGUUUGCUUAUGUAAAUACUUCAUUCUUUUUAUAGCUGAGUACUAUAUCCUGUCUAGAUGUACCACAAUUUGUUUACCCACUUUUCUGUUAAUGGCCAUUUGGCUUGUUUCCAAUUUUCGGCUGUUACAAAUAAAGCCUUAUGUACAUACACAAUGGAAAGGAACAGGCGAUGAAGCCUCCUU